AAGCAAAAUGGUGCUGAAAUUCACAUCUGUGAAUUGAUAUGUCAUUACAUAUUUAUAUCGCAUUUAACACUUUCGAUUAUUUUCAAGGAAAGUCAAGUGACAUUCAAUAAAGAACGAAGAAAGAGGAAUACUGCAUCUUAAUAUCUAGAUAGAGUUCAUUUAUUAAAAUAAAAGAAAGAUUACAAAAUGCAAGGUGUCAGCAUGGUCGAGCGACUUGGAUUAGGCCCCGAAGUCCGCGAACUCAAACUCGGGCCGAGUUUCACAAGCAACAGUUCGAAGUUUCAUACCUUGAAAUAUGAUUUUAAACCUGCGAGCGUCGAAAAUUCAAAAGUGGCUAAAGUCGAUGUAGGUUCAGAUAAUACGAUAACAGUCACAGUUCCACAUUUAGAUGGAGCUGGUGCACCUCAGACUGUGUUCAAAGGUUCUCAAAGGCCUUAUAAUAAAGAAUACGUUCUAAUAUUUGACAAGACUACGGGAGAUAUUACAUUGGAGAAGCUAACUGCAAAUAUCCAAGUUAAAAAAACACGAGCGGAACCUAAACGAAAUGGUAAUAGUAACUCUGUUCCUGUUGAGGUUAAAAGAAGCCCUCCAUAUGGCAGGGCACAUGGAAGAACCAAAGUUAUCAGUGGGAAAAAGAAGGAACCUCUACUUCAAUUGCAUCCCAAACAGAGUCCACAACAGGCAUCACCGUAUGAUAAAAGAAGUCCACCCAGUACAUCUACCAAUAAUUGUUCACCUGUGCCUAUACCAUCAAAUGGACAAUCAACCUUGGCUAGCUUACCAAUGAUUGGUUCUGAUAAUGAUGAUUUUGUGCUAUCAACACCAAUGAUGCCUCUAACUUCCUCUAUACCAGCCAUAACUAUUUCUGCACCAAAUGCAAAAUCAACUACCUUAGAAAGUGAUUCCAGUUCAAGCAGUUCAAGUUCUGAUAGUUCAAGCAGUGAUUAUGAAACGGAAACUAUUUCAGUGCCAACAACAACUAAUGGUUAUUUAAAUGGUACGACAGCCUCACCUACAUUGUUUAUGACAGAUAAUAAUCUCUUAAAUGAUGAUUUACAGUUAUCAGAAUCAGAAUCUGAUAGUGAUUAAUGGCUUGUCAAUAGAAUAUAGAAUAAAAUUGUUUAAACAAUCAACUUUAUUAUUUUUGCUUAGCAAUACUGCUAAUAAUAUAACAAUAAUAGGAAAUCAAAAAGGGAAAGGAAGAAAUC